GGACGUUUUUGGAAAGACAUAGACUGUUUUUCGCUGGCUUUGGAUGAGAGCUGUGAUGUACGUGACACCGCCCAGCUGCACUUCUUCUUACGUGGGAUAACUGCAGACUUUCAAAUCACGGAGGAGCUGGCGGCCAUGCAGUCAAUUAAAGAGACAACCACAGGUAAUGACUUGUUCACAUAGGUAAAUGCGUGUUUGGACAUGUUAGGACUGAAAUGGGACAAGCUGGCAGGUGUGACAAUCCAAUCCACUUUAUUUAUAUAGCACAUUUAAGCAACAAAAUGUUUCCAAAGUGCUGCACAACAAUGUUAAAAACAAUAUUCAAAUAUUAUCCUUAGCUCCACCAAUGACUGAAUAAAAAGAAAAAACAAUUACAUAUAAAACCAAUAUAAAAUAAAUAUGAUUAAAAACUAUUUUUAACAACAGAUGGUUGUCCAAAUCUGACGGGGAAAAAUGUUAGAUAAUGCAGGAUAAAGUGACCAUCAAAAGCAAUCUGCUUUUGUAAAAAGUUAAGUUAGGUUAAAUUAAAUUAUUGUUAUUAUUAUUAAUUAUUAUUAUUAUCAUCAUUAUUAUUUAUCUUACGGUAUAUCAAAAAUAAUAUUGAGCAAAAUUUAAUUGAAAUAUUGUCGUGUGGCCCUCCAGCAGUGCUCGGGUUGCUUAUGCGGCCCCCGGUGAAAAUUAAUUGCCCACCCCUGAUCUACAGGUAUGCUUAUCUAAAGUUCCAUUACAUUUAAUACCAAAAGUAUCGCUGAUGGCUUCUUUUCUAUUUUCAGCUCAAUACAUCUGUUUGAUUUUUAUCUGUGAAAACAUUUGCAAAAAAAAAAAUAUUUGAUUGGAAACCAAGUAAAUGGUGGUCUUUGACUAUUGUACUCUAGGAUUGUAAUUCAGUCUGAAUGUACUCACAUGCUUGAAUGCAAUAUUGAAUUCUAACCACAACGUUACUGGUAAAAUGUUUCAUGAUUGUCAUAUUGGUGAUGACCAAGCCAGAACUCAUUCCCUUGAUGUUACAGAGUUAUGGAGGUUCUUCCAAACAAUAUAGUUAGGCUGGAGACCCUGGAUGGAAAGCCCAAGCAUAUGAUGACCCCGUAUGCAUCACUGAAACCUCUGCGCCCGAGGACUCACCCUGGCUGGCCAAAGGAUUCCCCUUCAGCCCCUGUGCUUCCAGGAGAUGCUGAAAUGCUGACUUCAUCAUCGGAGGAGGAAACUGAGGUCCAGUGUCAUUGUUUCAUGGACCAUACAUAUGCUGGCCCCACAUCACCCUGGAAAAAGGAGCUGCACCCCGACCAGAAACAACUGCUCGAGUAUGUUUUGGCCUGCGAUCGUCCAGCUAUGGAACUGAUCGUUAAAGAGGGAGGGGUGUGUUUAACCCGAGAAGAGUUUUGGUCUCUCGGGUUGUCCAGAGACAUGGACUCCACGGGCAAAGAUGUCUUCAUUGCCAACAUGUAUAUUGUACCAAUGUGGAAGCACAAAGACGUCGAUCCAAUGUCAAGCCUUCCAAGGGAUGCACAUCUAAAUGAUGCACUCCUCUUCCCAGCGUGGAGCAAGCACAACGGGCCAGAGCAUUACCUUCUCUGUCCAUGUUCCAGUGGUGUGCUACAGGGGUCCCCAACCACAGAGUCAUGGACCAGUACUGGAGCAUUGCACAGCACAUCGUCCCAGGAAGCUGGAGUGAGCUCACUGGAAAAGACAUGCAGGAGAUCCCACGCCAGACCUCGGGGAAUGACUGUGGUGUUUUCAUGCUCAUGUACUCCCUCUGGCUCUGUACGGACACUACUUUUCACUACAGUGUGCUGGACAUGCAGUCAAUCCGGCGUUGUAACUGCCUGCGAUGAGGUGGCGACUUGUCCAGGGUGUACACUGCCUUCCGCCCGAAUGCAGCUGAGAUAGGCUGCAGCGACCCCCCGCGACCCCAAAAAGGGACAAGCGGCAUGGCCAGAGGUUCUGUUAUUGGACAGACAAGGCGAGCGGCCUAUUGCAGGGCAUUCUUCAGCCAGUGUUUAGGGUAUCCAGAAACUCAGUCCAGGCCAUCGACUGCGUCAUCAAAGAAUAACUGAAUACAG